UGCCCAUUUAAGCCCGGCCCACGCAGAAUCAAGCCCUGAAUGAAUGAUUGGUCAUGCGUCCCGUUCCCUCACGGACUCUUCUUCUUCUUCUUCAGUAUCUCUAUUCUCCCUCCUAUCAUCAUCACCACCCACAUGCUUUCUCCACAGUCUGAGAAAUGGGUGGUUCCGCUUCCAAUUCUCGGAAUCCAGCCAUGAAAGCCACUUCUAAUGACUCUCUUCAGCCAACGAAGGUUCUAGUGAACGUGACCGUCGAGAACAGCUUGGGCGCCAUACAGGUCCUGAUGUCGCCGGAAAACACCGCCGCUGAUUUGAUAAAGGCGGCAUUGGAAGUUUAUGACAGGGAGAAAAGAAGGCCCCUCUUGAAGGAAUCAGAUCCAAAUCGCUAUGACCUUCACUACUCCCCUUACACUCUCCAAGGUUUGAAGCAAUGUGAGAAGUUGAAGAAUCUGGGGUCAAGGAAUUUCUUUCUCUGCUCCAAGUGUCUCGCAGUUGAUUCUGCAUUUCCAUAUCCACCUAUUCAGGGUCGUGGUGCGUGAUCAAAUCCCGGCCUCCUUGUUGUAUCCAAGAAAUAUCGUUUCCUAUAUAUUUUGAAUUUUGAUGUAUGAACAUUAUUUGUUGUUGAGAUGAAUAGGAUAUAUUUAUGCAUCCUCUGUUGAUGGAUUGAAAACAGAGGAGGACAAAGAAAUGGAAAAACAAUAGUUUCAUUGAUAGUGUAGUUGUCAUGGAAAAUCCCAUUACAGUUUUUAUGGUUCA